CACCGUUCAGUAGCACGUCCGGAGACGCAAACGUUCGCAACCAUGAGAAAGAUGAGCAUAUUAGCGAUGACGGACCCCGUGUUGUACAACAAGUACAACCGGCUGCAGAACAGAGACAACAAGAGGUGUCUGAGCGAGAACGUCGCUCGAAUGACGUGGCGGAGCGGAGACCGAGUGCUGGACAUCGGCAGCGGGGACGGCAGCUUCACAGCCACUGAGCUACGGCGAUAUUUACCCGAUGACGUCAGCGAGCUGGUCGGCUGCGACCGCAGCAGGGAGAUGGUGGACUACGCCAACGAAAACUUCGGCGGAGACGGCAUCAACUUCCGAGUGCUGGAGAUCGGCCAGCACAUACCGAGGGAGUUUAUUGGCUCCUUCAAUCACGUGUUCGCGUUUUUUUCCCUUCACUGGGUCACUGACCAAAGACUAGCUCUAUCCCAAGUGUACGACAUCCUGACCGAGGGUGGGGACUGCUUGCUGCUGAUCGUGGGAAACUUCCCCGCGGUAUUCGACGUGUACAAGGUGUUUGCUCAGACGGCCAAGUGGUGCCGCUGGGUGAAGAGACUGGACGACAACGUGUUGUCACCGUACCAUGAAUGUGAUGAUCCAGAAGAAAAAUUAAGAAAAAUUGGAGAGGAGGUGGGAUUUAAGAAAAUGUUCGUCCAAUGCAACCAAUCCACCUACAAAUACGACAGCGUUGAGGAUUUUAAAAGUAUGAUCGUCUCCAUAAACCCCUUCAAUAUACCCGAGGAGCUAUGUGAUGAGUACUUGGAAGAGUUCGUGAGAGUCGCCAAGGAGCACCGCUACAUCACCGACGACCUGAUUAUUACCUACACAACCAACACAUUCUUCGGGUCGAAGUGAUAAUAAAUUAUUAUUAUCUAAUGGUUUUUGC